AUGGAAACGAGACCCACCAACUUGGAGGCCGGGCCGCAAUCUCACCAGCACACGGCGUCAAGUGGCGACGCUUUGGACCCAUCAGCAGCGCUCUACUCCGACGGCUCAGAUAGCGGCUAUUUCCGGUCGCCACCCCGCCACCCCGCCCACUUUGUACGAUACCUCUCGUCGGCACCGCACCAUGGCAGCAGUCUAACCGACAUUUCUUGCUCAGGAAAGUGCUGUUGGACCAUGUCGCGCGCUGACUCUCCCGUCGACGAUGCGGUGGAGCUGCUGCGCUCGCCUGCGCCCAACGAGGCCGCGCUGAUCGCCGACGAUGCGGUCGCCUCUGGCUGCUACCGCCGCGCAUCGCUCAGUCCUGCCGACUCGCUUCGCAGCGUCACCGCCACCUCGCCGCUCAGCUCACCCGCCGACGAGACCGAACUGCACCGAGGCGGACGCAGGAACCUGUUGCGGUCGGGCACUAGUGGCUCCAUCACCCCUCUGUCCGCCACCAGCCCAGAUCCCUCCCCCAGCCCCACUGCCAUGACCACACCCGCACCCACCUCCCAUGCUGCAGCUUCUGCGAGCACCAACCGCCGUGCUACGGAGGUCUCGACAUCGUCGCGCACCGAUGCGCUGUUGGUCGUGGCUACGCCGAUGGAAGGGAUGUUUCGCUCGCCGUCGCAGCAGAGCGCCGCCUCGGACGCAGAUGGAUAUUUUACCGCACGGCCAGGCUCCCCCUCCGAUGCAGGUGAUCUCAUUGCGCUCGCACGGACGAGGAGUGCGUUGAGGCGCGAGCGCGUCUCGUGGAGCGGGCGUUCAUACGCCACGUGCUCUUCCUCGAUCCACCCGGACCCCAUUGGCGUCGACCUCGCAGCAGCAUCAACAACGCUCACCCUCGACGAUGAGGCGUGCUACGUGGAUGGAGACCCGCUCUCGCCCACCGACAAGGCCGCACAAGCCAGUCGCACUGGCGUCGACUUUCUCUCGUGUCUCCCGCCCGAGCUCGCGCUGUGUAUCCUGUUCAUGCUCGAUUCGCACGUGGACUUGCUGGCGGCAGCGGGGGUGUCGAAGCGCUGGCGUGCGAUCGCAAUGGACCAGGCCGUCUGGCGCAACCUGUUCUUCAGUCGGCCCGGAUGGGCGAUUCGCGAAGAUGCACCCUUGGUGUUGCAGCACCAGGCGGAGCUCAAGCGGAUCGAGGCACAUGCCAGACGCACCGCAGCGCGCGAAGAGGCAGAACGCCUACGUAGGUUACAGGAGCAGCGCAAAGCCGCAUCAACGUCCAGUCCCUACCUCGACAGACUGUCGGCACUCAAGAGCUGGCGAGAGACGCUGCACAUUCCGUCGUUCCCGCUGGCCGGCCUCAGCCUCGCCAGCACCGAAGAAUCCAGCAGGAGGCGAGGCGAGGCGGUCUCGCCCAGCAGUGUGGCAGCACCCAUGAGUCCGCUGCGCUCGCCCACGGCCGCAACGGGCAGGUUCGGGCUGUUCCUCAGCCCCGCAAGGCCGGCGCCUUCGACUCCGGCGGGUGCAAGGCGGGCACAGGAAGCCGCUGCGGGCGCAUCGUACUUUGCACAAGACACCCCGAUGUCCCGCCAACCUAGCGCAAGCUCCACUGCCGCGGGUACCGAUGCGCCCAGCUCGCGACGCCACUCGCUCGACUCGAACUUCGCCGAAGUCGCCGAGGCCGAGGAGUUCUUUGCGGCAUCGCUCAACUGGACGCGGCUGUACCGCGAUCGGUAUGUGCUGGAGCAGCGUUGGCUGCGCGGUCACGAGCCGUCGCGCAGCGAUGCGACGGUCGACUCUACAACGCGAGUCACCAAGAUGUUUGAGCCGAGCAAGCGGUUCUUGCGCGGGCACCAUGACUCGGUGUACUGCAUCCGCCAGGACGACGGCGUCGGCACAGGCACGGCCGGCAAGCUCGUCUCGGGCUCGAGGGACAGGACGAUCCGCGUGUGGGACGUCGAGAGCGGCACGUGCAAGCAUGUGCUGCAGGGCCACACAGCGUCGGUGCUAUCGCUGCAGUACGACGAUGCGAUCCUCGUGUCGGUCAGCUCAGACGCACAGGUGUUCGUAUGGGACUUUGCCGCCAUCCUCGCCACGCCUGCACCAUCGCCCACCGAGACGGCCGAGGCCGAGGCGCUGGUGCACGACAAGCGCGAGCGGCUCCACUGCGUGCUGCGCGACCACACAUCCGCCGUGCUCGACGUCGUCUUCAGCAAUGACUGGAUCGUGACCGGCUCGAAAGACACCACGGUGCGCGUAUGGCGUCGAUGCGAUGUAGUUGCGCGCGAACAGGCGCCGGUGGCGUAUCGAAAGUUCUCGCACACGGGACCCGUGAAUGCGGUGGACCUGCAGGGGAACCGUGUGGUGUCGGCGUCCGGAGAGGGCUCGAUGUUUUUGUGGGAUCUCGAGUCGGGCGACAAGGUGCAUACGUUCAGCGGCCACACAAAGGGGCUGGCGUGCAUCGUGUUCAAGGGCAACACGCUCGUGAGCGGAUCGAACGACCAGACGAUCAGGGUGUGGGAUACGGUCAGUGGCGCCUGUACGCAUGUGCUCGGCGAACACCACAUGCUCGUGCGCACCGUCGCCUAUUGUCCCGUCCGCAACCUCGUCGUCUCGGGCGGCUACGACCGCAUGAUCAAGCUCUGGCACAUCGGCCAUCCAUCGACCCCCGCCGAGCCAUCCAACGCCGACACCAUGCGAGAUGACAUCUCAGCACAAGCUCAAGACGGUACGCAAGAUGAGCCAGAGGGAGAGCAGAACGGACCGCCGAGGGAUGCGGCGCUGGGCACGUGUUUGAGAGACUUCCGAUGUCAUCGCGCGCGGAUCUUUGACGUCGACUUCAAUACGACGCGUAUCGUGUCGGCCAGCGAGGACCAUCUUAUCUGCAUCACGCAUUUCGGCGGCAAAGGUAUCGACGCCUCGCUCUUCGCCUAG